CGAAUAAUACGGAUCUUUAUCAAUUUUUAUUGCAGGAACGCGUUUCUACCUCGAAUUAAAUGAACUCGAAAACGCGACAAGACGGUCAAGGAAAAGAAAAAUAAAGAAAAACAGACGCAAAGACAAAGGGAGACGAAGAAAAGCGUCGUCCAUGGUGCGGUUGUCUUCCUUUCCUUCUCUUAACUUCCUACCCGUCGACAAUUUCAUCGGCACGCUCGAGUUAUCCAGUGGACACGCCGUUGCGUCCCCUAUAAAAGCGAGGGUAGACCAUGGCGGUACCAGUGUGCUCACUGCCGACCAACAUGAACAGCACCGACAAGCUGAAAGUGAUACUCCUGUGCGGCCUAGUAUUAUCGGUCGUAGCUGAGAAGACCGAAUCUAGUGCUAAACCCAAGGAUGAAAAAUCAAAGCGCGGAUUGGAGCUGAGCCUGGGUGAUUUCGGAGGUUUUGACGGCCAUGGUUUAGGCGGUGGACUUGGCGGUGGACUUGGCGGUGGACUCGGAGGCGGUCUGAGCGGCGGCCACGAAAUAAUCUCUACUGAUCACAUUAAAGCAGUGACGGUCACGAAGCACGUGCCGGUACCACAUCCGUAUCCGGUAGAAGUCACGAAACACGUGCCCUAUCCGGUGAAGGUGCCGGUCAAAGUACCCGUCGACCGCCCUUAUCCGGUCCACGUGCCACAACCUUACCCAGUAGAAGUCACGAAGCACGUGCCCUACCCGGUGGAGAAGCCAGUGCCCUACCCAGUCAAAGUACCAGUGAAGGUGCCCGUCAAGGUACCCUACCCGGUCAAGGUACCAGUCAAGGUCCCGGUCGAAAUAUCGAAACCAGUGCCCUAUCCAGUCAAGGUACCCGUAGUCGUCAAAGAGCCUUAUCCCGUGAUCGUUAAGGGUCAUCACGACGACGGCGGUUUUGGCGGCGGUGACUUGGGCGGAUUUAGCGGUCACGACUUUGAUUUCGGCGGAUAUCAUUGAGGAAAAACUAGCACGACGAGAAGCGAAGACUCUUCAUCGUCUUCCCCCUUUGUUUGACGGCUCGUAGCCCAGGAGACUAUAGGAGAUCUAUUCGAAGGAUCGAUCGUCGAAGGAUCGAGGAGCGACCGGCAGAAGUUGCCACAUCGUUCUAGUAGAAGUCAAUACGAUGCGCAAAUAUUGUAUUCUUCGUGAUCCUAUUCUCGAAUUGUAUUAUACACCCCGUAAAUGUAAAAAUAAAUAAAAUGUUUUUUUUUACGUAAUACGACUGCUUACGAAACACUCGAAUGAUGUUGGGAGGGCUGGAGAGGAAGCGGCUGAGAGACGUAUUAGCCGGACACGUUAUGCGAUUAUGAGGAAUUGCUAGGAAACUUUCACUCCUUGAUAUUACGCGAGUUGCGCCAAGAGAGAUACACCUGUUUCACCAUAAGCGGCAUAUGUGUACCGCAUAGAAAAAGCAUCGCUCGCGUAGGGAUCGUUAAAGUAAACGGACGGCCGGCGGAAGGGGGGAAGAAAAGCGCAAGACUUAAAUGUCAAAGUGUGCGAAAUAUUCGCGAUAAAUAUCCGCGAAUAUUCUCUCGCCUCUCUCUCUCCCUGGGAGAUUAAUCUUGCGGACACUUUCGACACACGCAUCACGCGCUAUCGUGCGCAACGUAUGCGCGCCUUGCGCCACAAGAAAUCGGCCGCGGCGCGAUCAACUGCGUUGUUAGACUUUUUAGGGCUGGCACCGAUCGUUCGGCGAUCAUUCCUGGGACGCGGUAGGAAGUGUGAAAAAAUCGGAAGGAGCUGUUGCCAAACAGUCGCGCGAUUUCGAAACGCUACGUUUACGCGCAAACGCGUUUACGACAUUUGUCCGAUAUUAUCAAAUUUAUGGAUAGAUAUAUCGGCGUCUUAAACAGGCUUUUACAUGCGAGUUUGCUUUUAUUACGCGUAACAUUCCGAAAUAUGUAGUUUCUUUAAAUUAUGUCACGUAUACACACUAAUAUUUCUUAUGUAAAUUGGUGGGGAAGUAGUUGAAUAAAUGAUUUUAAUAUAUACGCAUAUCAGAUGCAGCCUAUCAAUUGCAAAAUACUAAGCCUAUCAUUUUAUUUAAUUGCAUUUAAUAUUCUAUUUUAUCGAUUAAUCAUGAACGUGUUCAUGCCGAGAGAUCCAAGAAAUUCGCAUAAAUUACAUAUAAACGACGAUAAAUCUUGACGGCGUUGUGCGUUUCUCAAUUUAAUGACUCGAUUGCUAAUUUAGUUAGACAUUUCUAUAUAGAUAUAACUACAUUACUCCGAACGUAAAUCGGUAUCGUUAGAAUUAAUAGACUUCCUCGCAUUUUUUUCCCCCGCAAAAGUUACUAAAAA